ACCCACCCCUCCCCUCUUCUCCCGUCCCUCAUCGCUUCCCUCCCGCCCACAGCCCGGGACUAGGAGCCGGCGGAAGCAGCAGCAGCAGCAGCAGCUGCGGCAGUUCCCACCCCUCAGCAGCCACACAGAGACACCGGCAGCAGCAGCAGCAAGACACGGCAACGGCGCCGGGUUUGGUUCAGUAUGUCCACCACCGCUCGGCGCCGGCGGCGACCGAGGCUUGCAGCGGCCAGCCGGCAGCAGCAGCGGCUGAGCUUCCCGGGUCUUUAACUUGACCCUCUGCCGCCGCCGCCGCCUCCUUCUCCUGAGGUAGGGGAGGCAAUGGUAAUGAACUGACCCGGCGGCAGUGGCCAACAACCCAGCCUUCUUCGGCGCUCCCCACUCACGUUUCCCUCGAGGAGCAGCGAAGGAGGAGAGAUCUGCUGUCUAAAGCGAAGCUUCGGUUGCUGCUGGGUCUUUGAGGAAUUCCUAGAAUGUGAACCAUGUGUAGGUGUGCAUAAUGAAGACUAAAGGUCCUGCAAAGAAAAUUGCCUCUUUUGCACAGGGUUCUGAAAGAAAAAGACUGAAAAAAGGUUUGAUGCUCCUUCACUGGGCCUUUAGCAUACGGCAGAAUAGGCACAGAGUUGCCAUGAAACCUAACUUGAAGCAAUGGAAACAACUCAUGCUGUUUGGAAUAUUCGCGUGGGGUCUCCUGUUCCUGGUUAUCUUCAUCUAUUUCACAGAUAGCAACACGGCUGAAGCAGUUCCAAGCUCCUUCUCCUACACUGAGACUAAAAGGCUUUUGCCCAUUCAAGGCAAGCAGAGAGCUAUCAUGGGAGCCAUGCAUGACCCGUCCUUCUCUGAUACAGCUGAUGAGAACGAGCUGCUUCUCGGCAAAGACAUCUCGGGUUCACUCAAGUCAGGGACUGGGAGCAUUAAAAAAUGGGCUGACCUAGACGAUGGCUUUGAAAGUGAAGAGGAAUUUUUCCCUCCCCAAUUAGGAAGAAAAUCAAAAAGUGCUUUCUAUCAAAGGUCUGGUGAUUAUUUAUUUGCUGCUGGUCAGCGUCGGUCACAGAGCAGUAUUCAGAGAAUAGGGAGAUUAGUCUCAGCAGAGGGGGCGGAUCAGAAGAGCAAUGCCUUGCAGGAUAAUUGGCUCCCUCAAAGGAAGAAAAAGAAAAGACAUGCAAGACACAGGAGAGGCCAGAUGUUUGAAGAGUCUAAUGAAUGGGAUGGAGUAUAUUCCACAAUGUCGAAAUCUUUCCUCUACAGGCUUUGGAAAGGGAACGUCUCCUCUAAGAUGCUUCUCCCUCGCCUACAGAAAGCAAGGAAAGGUUACCUGGAUACGAAUAAGCAUAGGGUGCACUUCAAAGGGAAGCGAAACCUCAAGUUGACUUCAGAGCAACUCCUCUGUGAGCUCAAGGCACGUGUGGACGUCAGGACCAUUGAUGGCAAAGAAGCUCCCUUUUCUAUCCUCGGAUGGGAAAGGAGGGUCCCCAAAGUUUCUCUGAGCAAGCUGUACCCACGUGGGUUUGGUAGCUGUGCUGUCGUCAUGUCCGCAGGUUCCAUACUGAACUCUUCUCUAGGGGAUGAAAUAGACUCCCACGAUGCCGUCUUGCGAUUCAACUCUGCUCCAACAAACGGAUAUGAAAAAGAUGUUGGAAAUAAAACAACCAUGCGCAUCAUUAAUUCCCAAAUUCUUACCAAUCCUAAGCACCAGUUCACUGACAACCCCUUAUAUAAAGAUGUUACUCUAGUCGCUUGGGAUCCUGCACCCUAUUCUGCAGAUCUGACUGUGUGGUUUAAGCAGCCAGACUACAACUUGUUUACUCCCUAUGCACUGCAUCGCAGGAGGAAUCCUAAACAGCCAUUUUACAUUCUCCACCCCAAAUUUAUAUGGCAGCUCUGGGAUAUCAUUCAGGAGAACACCAAGGAAAAGAUACAACCCAACCCUCCUUCUUCAGGUUUCAUUGGGAUUCUCAUCAUGAUGUCCAUGUGCAGCGAAGUCCAUGUAUACGAAUACAUUCCUUCAGUCCGGCAGACUGAUCUCUGCCACUACCAUGAACUCUACUAUGAUGCGGCUUGUACCCUGGGGGCUUACCACCCGUUGCUUUAUGAGAAACUGCUGGUGCAGAGGAUGAACAGAGGCUUCCAGGAAGAUCUGUACCGGAAAGGAAAAGUGAUUUUGCCAGGGUUCAGGUCAGUGAAAUGCCCUGGAUGGAAGUGAUUCCCAUCCAACACUAAGAAAGGAUAUUUCGAGAACAAAGUGCAAUAAGGUGCUGCUGUCGUACUAACAAACAACAAAGAAAUACUUGAAAAAAACCGGAUCCUAGACCAAUCUAGUCUUGAGUCUAUAAACUGUAAUUAAGUAGUAGGCUUGGGGGAAGUCCUUGCUUCUGAGGCCUGAGUAUUUAUUAUUGCUUUGAAAAUAGGUUUUGGGGUCUGUUUUGGUUUUUUAAAAAGGCUUGCUUUUUGAGAGAUGCAAACUAUGGUGAAGGUAAAAUACUGUGAGGAUAUAUGCCAGAAGUCAUCAAGCAGUUAUACCACAUGUGCCCAAUUGCAGUCCUUUAGAGGAGGCAGAUUAAACACGAAGCCUAACCUAGUGAAGCAGUCCUUACAAUUAAAUAAAAGCAAACUUCAGCUAUAUUUUUCACAGCAUCUUUUAAGAUUUUCCUCUCUUCCCUCUUAUAAAAAGUGCCAGAUGUUUACUGAAUACAAUGAGCCAUGUUUUCGUUUUAUUUAAACUGUUCUGGUGGCUGAACUUGGAACCCUAACCUUAAAACACUUGUGCUGGACUCUUUUAACAUGUGUUAAGACAUAUUUGGUCAAAUACAUAAAUUGGUAGCAUGCACAGGAAAGGUUGAGUAGUAGAAGACCACCACCUGGCUGUUUCAGAA